UUUAUAAAAUAAUAUAUGGAGUUUAAGCUUCCGCCGUGGCUCGCCGUUUCUUUCCUUACGAAGAAGAUGGCCGGCUGCCCUCUUCCACCUCUCCUCCGUCUUCCCGUUCUUCUACUCUUCCUCCCCCACCUCCCCCACGCCCAAUCCCAGACGGUCACCACCAGUGAAGAUACCUUCUCCCAUAGCGUCCCUAAUUACUUCUACUCUUUCGGCAACGGUGCUAAUUUCUCGAUAUUCAACGACUCCGGCUACAGCCAGGGCACCCGCUAUAUCGCCUACGAAGACUCCAUCUACCUCUUCAAUAAAUCCGGUCGAGUCUCCUACAACAUGCCUUUUAAGCUUUGGCAGAUGGACUCCUCUUCCUCCUCCAGCGCCACAACCAAGCAGGUCAUGUACUUCAAAAUAAACGUCUUCCGUAUUGGCAACAUGACCCCAGGCGAGGGCAUGGCUUUCCUCGUCUCCUCCAACCUCGGCCUGGCGCCGCCGGGGAGCCACGGUGCCUUUCUCGGCCUCACCAAUGCUUCCCUCAACGGGAACCCUGGCAACCACUUCGUCGCCGUUGAGUUCGACACCGUCAGGCAGGCCGAUCUGGGCGACCCCAACGACAACCACGUCGGCCUCGACAUCAACGGUGUGAACUCCACGAAGACAUUCUCCGAUUUGAACUUUUCGAUCGCGCCUGUGAACGACACCAACUACACCGUCUGGAUCGAUUACGAUGGUGCGAUGCGCUAUUUGCGCGUUUACAUGGCGAUCGAAAACAAUCCAAAGCCGGCCUCCGCCAUGCUAGAAGGGCCGAUCGAUCUCAGCGAUUACCUGAAGCAGGAGUUGUACUUCGGGUUUGCCGCCUCGACGGGGACUAACUACGAGCUUAACCGCAUGCUGUCGUGGAAUCUGACCGUGCAGAUGUUAACCGAUGUCCGAAAAGGCGUGCCGGCCUGGAAGAUUAGCGCGAUCGUUGGGGGAGUCUUAGUGCUCGUGAUGGCGCUUGGGGCUGGGCUAUUUGUGUGGCUGAAGAUGAGGAAGAGGAUGCCGAGAGAUGAGGCCGUCAGUAGCAGCAGCGCGCUGGUAUUGGGUGCGGAGCUGAAGAGCCUACCGGGGAUGCUGAGGGAGUUCGAGUUCGAGGACCUCGACAAGGCGACCAACAAUUUCCACGAGAACAUGAAGCUGGGCCAAGGGGGCUUCGGCGUGGUGUACCGGGGCGUGUUGCCUGAGGAGAACAAGGAGGUGGCCGUGAAGCGAUUCUCCCGGGAAGGCACCAGCGCUCCCAACGACUUCCUCAAGGAACUCACCAUCAUCAACCGCCUUCGCCAUAAGAACCUCGUCCCCCUUGUUGGAUGGUGCCACACCGACAGUAGGCUGCUGCUGGUCUACGAGUACAUGCCUAAUGGCAGCCUUGACCACCAUCUGUUCGACGGACCAAACAGCCAGCGGACGACGACCCUGAGCUGGGCGCGGCGAUACAACGUGAUCGCCGGCGUCGCCUGUGCACUCCACUACCUGCACGACUUGUACGAUCAGAAGGUGGUGCACCGCGACCUGAAGGCCUCCAACAUCAUGCUCGACGCCAAGUUCAACGCGCGCCUCGGUGACUUCGGCCUCGCGCGUGCCAUCGAGUCCAACCAUACUUCCUACGCCGAGCUGGAGAUGGGCGGCGUCCCCGGCACCUUGGGCUACAUCGCUCCGGAGUGCUUUCAGACCGGCAGGGCCACCCGGGAGUCCGACAUUUUCGGCUUCGGCGCCGUGGUGCUCGAGGUCGUCUGCGGCCGCCGCCCUCGCUGCGACAUCGACGGCUUCCUGUUCCUAUGCGACUGGGUGUGGAAGCUCUUCCGCGAAGGACGCAUCCUGGAGGCCGUCGACGCCCGCCUGGGGGAGGACUACGACCCCGAGGACGCUCGCCGUCUUCUCCUCCUCGCCCUGGCCUGCAGCCAUCCGAUUUCGUCGGAGCGGCCGAAGACGGAAGAGACGGUGCAAAUCAUCUCCCGCGCACUGGCGCCGCCAGCUGUCCCGCACUUCAAGCCUCCAUUCGUGUGGCCGUCCUCCCCUGCCACGCCGGGGGCAUCGAGUGGGGGCACCUUCGUCUCAGCCAGGGCGUCGUCAUUCGAAGCCUCACCCACGCGGCGGAGUCCGCAUCUCCCCGACGGAGACGAAAACGUGGCGCCUACAGACACCUUCCUUACUGCAUCAUCGUCCCCGAAUUGACCGGUCAGGUGCUGACUUGGCCACUUGGCGGUCGUCCAUUUCUCUUGUCCAAUUGUUUUUUUUUUUUAAUUCUGCAUUCCGUUUCUCCUCGCAUUGGGAUCCACUCUCUGGCAUAUUUUUCAAGCCGGUGUAUUUAGAGGGAGAUGCAUAUAGAUAUAAAUUUGAAAAUAUAUGUACUUAUAUAAAUCUUUUUUUAUAUUGAUAAAGCUGAUAUUAGA